AUGCUCACAGACACGUUUGGGCGCAUGCACACCUACCUGCGCAUCAGCCUGACCGAGCGGUGCAACCUGCGCUGCCUGUACUGCAUGCCCGAGGAGGGCGUGGAUCUGACGCCCGGCAGGCAGCUGCUCAGCACCGAAGAAGUGAUGCGCGUGGCGCGCCUGUUUGUGGCCGGGGGCGUGGACAAGAUCCGGCUGACGGGUGGGGAGCCGACGCUGCGGCCAGACCUGGUGGAGCUGACGGGGCAGCUGAGCCAGCUGCCGGGCAUGCGUGCCGUGGGCAUCACCAGCAAUGGCCUGACGCUGGGGCGCAAGCUGGCGGCGCUCAAGGAUGCAGGUCUCAGCCUGCUCAACAUCAGCCUGGACACGCUGCAGCCAGAGCGGUUUGUGCAGAUGACGCGGCGGCAGGGCCACGACCGCGUGCUGGCCUCCAUCCAGCAGGCGGUGGCGCUCGGCUACGACCCGGGCGCGUGCACCAUUGCGGGGCGCUUGCUCAAGGUGAAUGUGGUGGUGAUGCGGGGGGUGAACGAGGACGAGGUGCCGGCGUUUGUGGAGCUGACGCGGGGCGCCCCCAUCAACGUGCGCUUCAUCGAGUACAUGCCCUUUGACGGCAACGUGUGGAGCGAGCCCAAGCUGGCUCCCUACGGGGACAUGCUGGCCGCGGUGCAGGCGCGGUUUGGGGAGCUGGAGCGGUGCGACGACCCGCGGGGCGAGGUGGCCAAAAACUUCAGGGUCCCCGGCUUCCGCGGCACCGUCAGCUUCAUCACCUCGAUGACCAAAGCCUUCUGCUCAGACUGCAACCGCCUGCGCGUGAUGGCCGACGGCAACCUCAAGGUCUGCCUGUUUGGCGCCAAUGAGGUCAGCCUGCGCGAGGCGAUGCGGGAGGGCGCCACGGACGACGACCUGCGCGCCAUUGUGUCGGCGGCGGUGGACCGCAAGCGCGCCGCGCACGCCGGCAUGUUUGAGCUGGCGGGCGCCAAGAACCGCGCCAUGGUCAAGAUUGGAGGCUGA